AUGCGUUUUGCGUACUGCCGGGCAUUCCAGUCCGUCAGGAUUGUGUCCAUCCUCUCCCGCGGUGCGCACAGCCUCGCGGCGGUUCAAAGCCCGCUGCCGCCGACGACGGAGCGCAAACUGGGAUUCCCCCCUUCGCGAGAGGAGGUGGCGAAUGUUUUUCAGGCUCCCUUGUCUAUCCUCGACAAACUGGAGACGCCACGAAAGAUGCUCUUCGCGGAGAUGAACCUCACACGAACCCGGUAUGCCCCACUUAUCGCCACGAUCACGGCGGACGUUGAUUUUCGCAAGUUGGAGCGGCAGGUUGCCGCUCGCUUUGAUAAGUCGCCCCCCAAACUCCAGCCUUUCCCAGAUGCUUUCGAACGUUUUCGUGAGACUCAGUGGAAGGAUAUGACAAGCUUGUUGACUUUCUACGAGGAGGUGAUGUACUAUAUCCGUCUGAAGGACAAGGAGCUCAAAGAUCAUGAGCUUUCAAGUUAUUACAUCAAGGAUGUUCUCAAACGCGGUCUCGCAGCCUUCAAGCAGGACUUUCUCGACCAACAAAAGGAGGAAUAUGCACAGAUUAAGGGCCGUAUUGAUGAAUGCGUAAAAUCUAUCAAAGUUGUAGUGGAGCAGAUCUUCGAUACUGCCUUGUGCAAUGAUAUUGCAAAUAUACUUCGGAUUGGUGGGGAGAAGCACGUGCACGCGCAUGAUAUGUGCCUUAAGGUUCUUAAUGACAUGACCAUGAUGAAGGUUCCGUACGACGAUAUCACGCACACUAUUUUGCGAACCGCAUUGUUCAACGACGGCCCAUUCGACGAUUCCCCGUUGCUGUUCGAUCUAAUUGAGUCCCCCGAACGUGGUGCGAUUACCUUGAGUAAGGAACCGCUCACCAAAGUUAGCAAUGAUAUAUUGGGUUUAAUUAGCAAACGCCAUCAGACUCCUCUCGAUGAUGGUGUGCUUCUGAACUCGACAAAGACGUUCCCUAAUCUGCAGCGUUCACCAGAAUGA